UGGAAAACUUUUUGGAACAUAAUAGGAAUCCAAAGCCACUAGACACCAGGGAAAAGGAGAAAAAAGCACUAGGGACUGGGAAAACAGAGAUCAGUUUUGCCAUGCGACAGUCAGUACAGCUGUAUGGUCUUUGAACAGAUGCUUGCUGCUCUCUUUGUCUGAUGGUAAAUCAUUCUGUUUGUAUUUUCCUUACUACUGUAGCUUCUUCCCUCUUAUUUUGAAACUGUGCUGCAAUAUGCUCUAUUGCUAGAAUGCAUUUCUUUGAUGUUACAACUCUGAUGUUUGCUUAUUGCUAAUAAGUCUUAUUGCCUACAUUCUCAUCCCAAGGCAUUUAUUUUGUAUAUGGGAUAUGCCUUGUAAUUUUUGUAGCUCAGGGCAGUGCUGGUUUGCAGCUAAUCAAACCUGCAUUUCUAAAUCUUCUAAUUUGAAUAAGCCAUCUCUUACAACAGUCUGUGGUUCAGCACUUUUUAGAAUGUUUUUACUACAUAUCCAACACAUUUCAUAGGAUGUUUUUACUAUGUAUACAAUGUAUUUGCUUUCACUAUUACUUUUAAAUGUUUGUUGUUCCAUGCCAAGGUAAAGUGAACUCCUGUUAUCCAAUCCUGUUAUCAGGCCAGGAUCAUUAGAAGCUGUAGGGAAAAAGCACACGAUAAUUCUCAAAGUGCUUUUAUUAAACUUGCUAUCUUGAUCAGGAAAUAAUGACCAUUGGCAGACUACAAAUAAAGAAGUUGGAAAUUUUACCCUGUUCUGUUCCAAUGUGCCUGAAUGGAAAGUGAGCUUAUAAUGGGUCCUUCUUCCCCGUUGCCAUCCUUUCUCACUCAGACUUCUUCCUGCUGUUGUUAUAAGAGCUUAUCCUUCUGCAGAUGUUAGAUAAUAUGAUUUUGUCUGUCUGCUUCUCAUAGAUACUCUUUUUUUUUUUUUUUUUACUUUCCCGUCAGUAGGGUUGUGGUGCGCUAAAACACACCGUGAGCCCUCUACUGGCACUUUCCGCUUUUGCUUUAGGCUGUGGUCGAGGUUUUUCCUUCCCUGCUGUGCUUGCUUGAGCCUAAGGAGGCAGGAUAGCGUCUGUUUAACUACUUUAAUCUUGCUGACUUUUUAAAAUGUAGUUAAUGCGCGAAGGAGUCCUCGUGUUCGGUGCGGUGACCGGCAGCUUGGCACCUUUGGGGGUGAACUCGCAUCCUCGCUAGGCACGGUGCAGACACGCGUAUUUCCUGCGGAGCCCCCGCGGCAGCCGGUGCGGGGCCGUGAGGACACGGUGAGGCUGCAGCCAGCCGGGCAGCCCGGGGCAGGCAGGGCAGCUCGCAGAGCCGUGCGAUGCCCGUGAGCUCCCCUGUUCCCGGGCCGGCUGGGAUGCCUGGCAAUACGGCUGCGCUGCCCAGCGCCACCGGCUGACGCAGAGCUGCUCCAGAACCUGGAGGUGCCGUGAGGAGCGCCCUGAGUGAGACCCCGAGGCAAGAGAGAGCUGCGUUCUGCUGCGAGCGGCUGCUCGGGGUUUGGGUCAUAAAAGCUCCGUAUGCCUCUUAGAAAAGCAUCUGAAAAGGGGCAGAUUGGUAUCCCUGUUCUUGCACGACACCUGCCUGUGAUUUUAACACUUUCCUUCCUGGCACACUCCGGUCAAGCCUUUGCAAAGAUUUCCCAGACUGUGUCCUUCCUCACUGGGCAGGUGCAAUCCAAACCAGUUCGAUGCAGGCUCUGGGAUUUUUUCAGCACACUCACGGAGUAUACGUGCUCUAAAUGCCUACAAUACAGAGGAAUCCAGCUACUUCUAAUGGGAUGCAUUUGCAGAGAGGAAGGAUUCCUCAUUUAAGAUGGGUAAUAAGCAAACGAUAUUUACUGAUGAACAGCUAGAUGCCUACCAGGAUUGCACGUUCUUCACUCGGAAGGAAAUCCUUCGGUUGCACGGCCGAUACCAUGAAAUGGCACCAAACGUUGUGCCCAUGGACUAUACUAAGGACCCAGAUGUUAAACUACCUAUGCAGCUUAUAAUAAACAUGCCUGAGCUGAAGGAGAAUCCCUUCAAAGAAAGGAUUGUGGAGUCUUUCUCAGAAGAUGGAGAGGGGAGCCUGAGCUUCAAUGACUUUGUGGAUAUGUUCUCCGUGCUCAGUGAAAUGGCUCCCCGAGAGCUUAAAGCAAUCUAUGCCUUUAAGAUUUAUGAUUUUAACACAGAUAACUUCAUUUGUAAAGCAGACUUGGAAAAAACCCUCAAUAAGCUGACCCGGGAAGAGCUGACAGCGGAGGAAAUCACUCUGGUUUGUGAGAAGGUGAUAGAAGAAGCUGACAUGGAUGGUGAUGGGAAAUUAGGAUUUGCAGAUUUUGAAAACAUGAUUUCCAAGGCACCAGACUUUCUCAGUACUUUCCACAUAAGAAUCUGAAGAUGUUUCUGCUAGUCCAUCCAACCUUUCUGAAUCUCAGGCACUCCAGGGGUUUUUGUCCUCUAAUGAGGGCUUCCUAGAACUCAGCAGAAAGUACUAAAAGAAUUCUGGUCCACAAAGAGACAGAAGCAUCUGAUCUACAGGAUAUUUGGAACAGACACAUUUUUAUCUUCUCUGCUGGCCAAGCACUCUGGCGAAGAUGGUUGGUUGUUGGAUUGUGGUAUUUCUGUUUCCCCCCCUUUUUUUUAACAGUCAGAAUCAGAAUAUUAUUAAAGGUAUUUCCACAGAGUUUUUAUAUUUAUGAAUAUUUAAUACUGCUCUUCAUAGUGAAAAAAAACCAAAACCAGAAAACUGAGAGUUUAGCUUUGGUGUGUUUUCCAAGAGUGUUUGGAAGAAAGCACGGGCCUUAAAUAAUGAGAUGCCUCUAUCACUGUGUUGUACAGCUGGGAUCUUGCAUGGAAAAUACCUGAGGUGAAAGAACUGCAGUCAAGAUCAAGCUCCCAGUGUUGAAGACAGCCACAGCCCAGGUUUGCCUUUCAGCCACUAAAAUGGCAACUGCUGGGUUUGGUGCUUACCUUCAACCAAUAUUUUAUGGAUUGUUGUGUCCUUAUAAAACUUGAAAUAUUUGCCUUUUGUAUAUGAUAACUGUGUACAUGAUUCAUUUCUUCCCAAGAUAAAUGUUAAAACUGUGUCCUUAUUCUCAAAGGGGCUCCUGCAUUUUACUCUUUCUAUGGGCUGAUAAUGUUCUUGAAUGGAGGAACAUGGUCAUCUGUAACUCAUGAAGAAGUUGAAGAAGCACAGAACUACUAUUAAGGACAUGAAAAGAUAUUUUCUUUUGAAACAAGCUAUGCAAUCUCUCCCAUAAAAUGCAUGAAUGCAGUUCUAUCUUUCUUUUUCCUCUCCAGCUGGAAAUCAGCUAGAUUUUU